GGCGGCGGCAGCAGCGGCACAGACGUCGGGCGACGAUGAGCCAGCAGGGAGCGGCGCUGCAGAACUACAACAACGAACUGGUCAAGUGCAUCGAGGAACUGUGCCAGAAGCGGGAGGAGCUGUGCCGCCAGAUCCAGCAGGAGGAGGAUGAGAAGCAGCGGCUGCAGAACGAGGUGAGGCAGCUGACGGAGAAGCUGGCCCGUGUCAAUGAGAACCUGGCCCGCAAGAUCGCCUCUCGCAACGAGUUUGACCGCACCAUCGCAGAGACAGAGGCGGCUUACCUCAAGAUCUUGGAAAGUUCCCAGACUCUGCUUAGUGUGCUGAAGAGAGAGGCUGGAAACUUGACCAAGGCCACCGCCUCAGAGCAGAAGGCCACCGGGGGCAAGGAUGGCUGAUGAGGCCAUGGAUGGGACAGGGGCCUGCUCCCCCACCCUCUGGGCCAGGCAACAUGGCCCCAGAAACCUGUUAAUAAAGUGCCCUCAUUUUCUGUGGUGGCAGCUGCCUUCUCUCUCAGCCUCUAGGACCAAAGGGCAGCUGCUGCCUCUCAGCCCUGGAUGAGAAGAGGGCAGCUCCCUGGUGGGGUCUCCCUAGGUGGGGGCCAGGCUCUCAGGGGCCCUGGGCUGCUGGGAGGCCCUGGCUCCUGCCUCACUCAGCACCUUAGUCCUUCCUCGGCCAGCAGGGCCAAGCCGAGAGGGAGUGGUUGGCCCUGCAUCACCGCAGAGCUGAACUUCAGAGCAUCCGGCCCGGCCCCGUGACUGGGAAUAAAGGCUUUCUUGUAAAAGAA